GCCAUUUCCUCCUCUCUGUUGCUCUACUGUAAAAACCCAUAAAGAACUGUCAUUGUUUGUGUGAAGAAUUUUGCUUCGACUUCGCGAAUUUCUGUCGUUCUCCCCGUUCUUUCUGUUGCCCGAACCCGAACACGUUGGCAGCCGGCGGAAUCUGAUGUGUGACGAAGAAGAGCAAAACAGACGACCCGAUGUUCGUGGGGAACUCACCGAAGGAACUCACGAGGCCCCCAACAGCAUCGACGACGACCGUGACCAAAAGGACCAAAAUAGAACCACAGUCGUCGUGUAAAAGUUUGCUCACAGCUCGCCCAGCCUGCCUCCAACAUGGCACCACCGGGCGCCAGUAAAAACAAAACUUCCGCCACCAAACGAGGCAGCACAUCCGCUCAUCAUGGAAAACCAGCGAAAUCUUCGGUACUGUCCCAGGUGCAGAAGCAGUAUCUGAAUGUGACCUUCGUAAAAUCGCUGAUCUUUGAUCCUGCCCGGCUGCCGCUGGUGUCGUGGGUCAUUCUGGCAGCUGAGCUGGUCCUAAACCUUUUCGUUGUACAGAACGUUCGCUAUACGGAAAUUGAUUGGAAAGCUUAUAUGCAGGAAUGCGAAGGUUUCCUGAAUGGGACCACCGACUAUUCCAUGCUGCGAGGUGAUACCGGUCCAUUGGUUUAUCCGGCCGGAUUCGUUUACAUCUACAGCGCUCUGUACUUCAUAACGUCUCACGGCCAGAACAUUCGACUGGCUCAGUACAUCUUCGUUGGCAUUUAUCUUCUGCAGCUGGGAUUGGUUCUUCGAUUGUACAGCAAAAGCCGAAAGUUGCCUCCGUAUGUCCUGAUCAUUACCACGUUUACCUCAUAUCGGAUUCAUUCGAUUUACGUGCUCAGACUGUUCAAUGAUCCGAUUGCGAUUCUGUUCCUAUACUUUGCGCUGAACGCCUACAUUGACAACCGGUGGUCUUUGGGCAGUGUCUUCCUUAGCUUGGGCGUUUCCGUGAAAAUGAACGUCCUGCUGUUCGCACCGGCAAUCUUCCUACUUUUCGUUACCAAUCUGGGAGUCGUCAAAACUAUUAUACAGUUGGCCAUUUGCGGUGCAAUCCAACUGGUUCUGGGUGCUCCUUUCCUGCUGACGCAUCCCUGGCAGUAUUUGAAGGGAAGCUUUGACCUUGGCCGCAUCUUUGAGCAUAAAUGGACCGUCAAUUAUCGCUUCUUGGAAAGGGACAUCUUCGAGAACAAAACAUUUCACCUGGCACUACUUGGCAUCCACCUACUGCUGUUGGUUGCCUUUGCGUCCCCGUGCUAUAAAUACUUCCAGAAUUAUUGCCGUCUAAGGCACUUGGAAGUCAUGUUUGCACCUCAAAUUGCCGCCAAGAACCGUGAAGUGGCCUUGGAGAAGAAGAAAAAGAAGGAAACGCAAAAACCAGCACCAAAGAAGGCUGAUGAAAAGCUCACCAAAGAACAGGAACAGUUUCUGAAAAGCUUUGAAAAGGGCAUCAAGAAGAUGUCCGGCAAGGAAGCUGCCCCGGCACCGGUCGCCCCAGAACCUCCAACGGAAGAGCGCCAGCAAAGCAAAUUCUCCAUCCACUUUGAUCGUGCCACUCAGCUGGCACUGCUUCCGCUCUUCCUCGCCAACUUUAUCGGCAUUGUGUGCGCUCGCAGCCUUCAUUACCAGUUCUACGUCUGGUACUUCCACAGCCUGCCCUACCUAGCGUGGUUCACCGAAUAUACCACCAGCCUAAAAUUCCUGCUCCUGUUGGUGCUGGAGUUCAGCUGGAAUACCUACCCGAGCACCGCGGUAAGUAGUCUUCUGUUGCACACUUGCCACAUCAUUCUGCUGGUUGGGAUCGGGAAAAAAAUGUUCCGCAAAAUUCCGGAACUGUCUCAAAUUGCAAAAACCACCGACUGAGAUUGGGCUCGCGUUUGGGUACCAAAACGAAGCAAUUAAAGACGAUCACAUAUUUGCGUAUUUGUUGAUUUCGAGUUAAGUCUGCGAUUCGUAGAUAAAUUAGGAUUCCGCAGUUUACUUUACUGCCUUUAUACGCAUAACUGUCCCAUGUACAUAGGAAAUCCCAGCAAACAUGGAACAAAUAUGCGUAUGACGGCAGUUUACUACGUUGGUAAAAAGUACACCCAGGUUUUUUUACACGGUUUGGUUUUAGUCGUUUAAGACCUCCAGUGUCAAUGAAACAAUGAGUUAACCCCACGAAAAAAAUCUCAAAAAAUCAAAGAAAAUUCAGGGGGUAUUUAAAAAGCUGUGAAAAUAUUCAGGGUAACCGAGAAAUUAAUGAAUUCCAACCGUGUAAAAAACCUGGGUGUAAUUAGUUUUUGAAGAAGGUUCACACUUUGCAGACUUAAUUCUAAUCCAUCGGAAAGGCAAACAUUACAAAAAUGUGUGUUCAUAGACAGUAACGGUGUGACAACAAAAUAGAUGCAUUUUACCCGUAAUGAUGUGCCUUUUAUAGUGUUAGACUCGAAUUUUUAUUGACCCGUAUUUCUGUGUUUGAUGUGUUGAGUGUAACAAAAUAGAGAUCUAAUUUAUUUGAUGUGAGA